AUCACAGAGAAGAAGAAUACCGAUUUUAUAAGCGGCAAAAAUCAAAUUAUUUUUAAACUUUUAAACAUGUCAAAAACAGAAAGUGCUAUCACUUUAAAAGGCUCUGCUGAUAUUGUUACUGAAUUUUUUAAUUAUGGUAUCAACAGUAUAAUUUAUCAGCGAGGUAUAUAUCCUGUAGAGUCUUUUUCUAGAGAAGAUAAAUAUGGUCUUGCCAUUCUUAUGACCAAAGACAAUGAAUUACAGACAUUUAUUGCUUCAAUAUUAAAGCAACUCAGACAUUGGCUAAUGACUAAAGAAGUACACAGACUUGUUCUUGUUAUAUCCAAUUUUCACACUAAAGAGACUUUAGAGCGAUGGGAAUUCAAAAUUCAGUGUGAAGGAGAACUGGACUCUGGAGGAAAACCAAAAUCCAAGGAUAUCAAAGAAAUCCAAAAAGAAAUCAGAAAUAUUAUUCGUCAAAUUACAGCAAGUGUCUCCUUUCUUCCUCUUUUGGACAAUGCUUGCUCCUUUGAUGUUUUGAUAUACACAAACAAAGAUGUAAAUAUUCCUGAUGAAUGGGCAGAAAGUACAGCUCAUUUUAUUCCAGAAUACGAAGAAGUAAAACUGUGCAAUUUUUCUACUUCUGUGCAUAAAGUAGAUACUGCUGUCCAAUAUAAAACAUAUGAUUAAAAGCUUUUAUAUAAUUAUAUUUUUAAGUCUUUCUAUGUUUUCCAUCAUUGAUAAUCUUUUUUGAAACUGUUUUGCUGGACAUAGAACUAACUAUGCUGUAUGACGUGUAUUUCAAUGUAUAAUUUUAUUUAAUUGUGUAAAUGUUAUUGUGUAGUUCAUUCAUUCCAGAUAAUGUUCAUAUUUUUUCUUUUCUGAUAAUUAAUUUUGUAUGAUUAAUUUCCUGAUCAAACAAAUCACUUCAAACUUAUUUGAUGCACUUUUACCAAAUUAAGAGCCGUCUUUCAUGUGUGUUAAGUAUGUGACCUUUAUAUAUGUAAAAUAAAGCUUUAAAUUCCUUUAUUAUUGAUGUUUUUUGGGCUUCCACAUUAUUUAUAGCACAAUUUAAACACAUGAAUUGCAAACUGUUGCUUUAUUUUGUAAAAUGAAUAUUUAAAAUGUGUAUUUUAUUAG